AUGCCGCCUAACGUAGAUGUUAGAAGCAAUUACAGGUUCCGUUCCAGUAAUCCCGCCUCUAGCAACAAGGAGAUUGGCAGAUUCGUAGCUCCUAUUACAUCAGACGCCUUAUAUGAUCCAGGCCAGCUGUUUAUUCACAAGGCCUUUGCUUACAAAGGGGUUGUCGUUUGUGCAUUCAAAUGCAGAUUCCAGGAGAAGAAGAGUAGUACUAGUGAUCGAAGGUACUACCAAGUGUUGAUUGAUAGAGGUGACUGGAGCCAUAUGGGUUUCCCAGUUGAUCUCACCUCAUAUCUGAUGGAUGGCACGAGUCGUGGUGAAAAACUACUCACUCUUAUCAAUGGUAUGGAUUGUGUUUCACACAGCGACAUUCUUCCGUUCAAUGCUUUCGAUCGAGAGCCCUUGGAUCACGAUUUGUUUCAUCGGAUAUUCGAUUCACGUUAUUCAGGUAAGGAAGUCAAGAUAACCAUGAAGACCAAUCUGUUCGAAAAUUAUAUGGCGUCACAGAGGUCAUGGUUAGCACCAAGAGAUGUCUACAGAGAGGUCACAGAAAAUAUCGAGGUAACUGUCACCACAUUUUACCUUGGAAGUACUAUGAGUGCUGGGCAACUGAGGCAUGUGUGGCGGUAUGUCAUAAGGUUAGAGAAUCAUUCCCCGCAAAAUUCUGUAAUUCUUCGCGAACGGUUUCUGAAAGUUUACUCUCUCAAUAAUAUGAAUCAGGCGCAUGGUCAUGGAGUUAUCGGAAAGCAGCCUGAAUUGAAUGCUCAGACUCCAGCGUUUCAGUUCAGCAGCACUGUUGAAUUGGCUCAUUCUAAAGGAGGUCACAUGUGGGGUCGGUUUAAAAUGGAACGACCGAAUGGGUCAACGUUCGAUGUUGCAAUACCGACGGUUGUUUUAGAGUCUUUCGAUGAAAGCAGCGUUGGAAACAUUGAGAAGACCGUAGAAUGA